AUGCCCAUUCGCAGGCGACGGAGAAGGCCAAAUAUGCUCAUCACGAUGUCAGUGCAUACAACCUUCUCAUGCACGAAAAGAUGGAGGAAAUCAGUGCGGAUUGAAGACGAGGUUGACGAGCAAGAUUACAACCCGGAGACAGAGAAUGCUACCCAGAAGCGAACGAAGCCGAGGCAACCUGAUCGUACUGGUACUUGGCAGUUUAUGUCAGUCCUCUUACUGGACUUCCCUCGGAAAGAGGUCACGAUUCCAGAUGAGCUCGAGGCAUUUUUCAAUGUUCUGUUGUUCCAUAUCGUCCGCUAUACCAACAGCAACAUUCGCAAUGCGAAGGUGUUUAUGUCCCAGUACUUCGACGAGUCUAUGAUGGACUCGUUAGACGCACAAUACACCUGUGGCUCCCUCAAGCGCAAUGUCAUUGAAAUGGGUGUCCUCAAGAGAAGGAUAGAGCCAAUCAAAUUCAAGGAUCGCAACGGAUUGGACCACAUUCCGUUAAACAAUAUCGUCAAACGUCUCUUGAGAUUAUUCAAAGCGCAUUACACGGUGACCUUGCCCGAUCUUCUGCUACAGCGGCAUCCGGCCGAAGACCAGUGCAACCCCGACGGAAUAGAUUCGGAGCAGAAGACCUUGAACAGCUCUGCUGCUACGGACGAGAAUACGAAGAAGAGGUCAAUUGAGGACCUGCUGGUUGCUCGGGUGGUGGCUAAAUUCGAGGAAGACCGUGCGAAAUACUCGAAGAACUCUCGCAAGCAGGAAAGUCCAGAAAGCUCGGACAACGACUCGGAAGAAGCCUUGGAAAAGGAGAAAGCCGUCGCGGAGAAGUUGAACUCGCAAGAACACGUGUACUCUUUCCUGAUUAACGCAUAUGCCAAUGAGAAGUGGCCAGAGCACGACAAGAUUGAUGACAGAGUUCCGUCCAACAGCUACGCGGACUAUCGGGAGAGAGGCCUGAAGUUUCCUCCAGCACCGUCUUCUAGCUCUGGAUCAGAGAGCCCUUCGGAAGCCCGUCCAACCAAACGUCCCAGAUUGCCAGUGCAAGUGGCCUGUGGCAUGGGCCCCGGACAGCCAUCGGCAUCGUACGCCCGUCGUAGGGGCAAACAGCCGGGGAGGUUGAACGCCGAUACCAGGCGGUUCUAA